UCCAUCGGGACGCAUGGACUGAUGAACUGUAUUUUUGUACAGUACACCAUCAAUGAACCCUAAUUAAACCUUAGUGAAGAGUUUGUUUGGCACUUUCCAAGCACCUCCCUGCUUCAUUGCUUCACCUUGUUGCUUGCUGUAAUAGAGCUCUCUUCUUGGGCCAACACCUCUGAAGAUUUAAUGCUCGCUUGGAAACCCUGUUCCUCUCACUUCAACAAAUUCUUGGCCUUUCUUUUGGAGCUCCCGUUUGGCCUGAGAAAGAGAGGAUUGCUCCAGGAAUCCAGGUCACAGCUCCAGCUUGAAAGAUGGCUCUGAUGAAGAGAUGCUUCUGUGGAUCCCAAGAAGAUAUCAAAGAGCUUCUGAACUUGAAAAAUGUCCAGCUAUUCUCCUAUAGAGAGAUCAGAGCAGCAACAAACAACUUCGACGAUGGCAACAAGAUAGGCCGAGGUGGAUUUGGAACUGUGUACAAGGGAACUUUUGAAGAUGGUACUGCAUUUGCUGCAAAGGUUCUGUCUGCUGAAUCUGAACAAGGGAUCAACGAAUUCCUGACCGAAAUCGAGAGCAUUACUGAAGCUAAGCACGCAAACCUUGUCAGGUUGCUGGGCUGCUGUGUUCAGAGGCAAAACAGGAUCCUGAUUUACGAGUACGUCGAGAACAACAGCCUUGACAAUGCAUUGCAGGGUUCAGCUGCUGGAGUAACUGACCUCAGCUGGAGCACAAGAUCGGACAUCUGUAUGGGAGUGGCCAAGGGACUGAGCUAUCUUCACGAAGAGCACGAGCCAAGCAUUGUGCACAGAGACAUCAAGGCUAGCAACGUUCUCCUUGACAGAAACUACAUCCCAAAAAUCGGAGACUUUGGAAUUGCCAAGCUGUUCCCGGACAAUGUUAGUCAUGUUAGCACACGUGUGAUUGGGACAACUGGCUACAUGGCACCUGAAUACGUCGUGCACGGACAGCUGACGAAGAAGGCAGAUGUCUACAGCUUCGGAGUGCUCAUUCUUGAGAUCAUCAGUGGAAGGAGGAUGUCGCAGACCAUUCGAUCAGGCAUGUUUCUCGUGCGGCAGGCGUGGAUGCUGCACGAACAGGGCAGCCUGCUGGACAUGGUGGAUCCGAGCAUGAAGGGAGGUUACCCGGAGGAGGAGGCGCUCAAGUUCAUCAAGGUGGCGCUGGCCUGCACGCAGGCGAAGCCGUGCAGCCGGCCGACGAUGCGGCAGGUGGUGAAGCUGCUGUCGCGGCCGGUGUGCUUGGAAGAGCUGGAGAUGCUCUGCCCGGGCUUCGUCGGUGACGGCCACACCCACGACGCUGCGGCGGCGGACACCGUCGGUAGCCCAGGCGUGAUGGUCGUCUCGCCGGCUCUCUCGCCGAAGGUGAGGUGGCCGACGGGGACCGCAACGACCACUACUACCGAACACUAGAUGUGUGCUGGUUGAGAAUAUCACAUAGGUUAUAGGUGCUAGAUUUUCCAAAUGUCAUCAUAUUAGCGGUAUCACAAAUCCAAUGACAAUGAAUCACGACUAAUCUAAAAAAUUACACGCUUAACAUUCAUAAAAAACUAAGGGCUGGUUUGGUUUGAAGCCUAAAUUAGAAUUACCAAUAUUUAGCAA